AUGAGCACACCCACAAGCCCCUCUCCUACACCUCAGGGGGCCCCCCUACAGGAGGGGGCCCCCCCAGAGGGGGCCCCCAAAAGGGGGCCCCCUGUACCCUUUGCUGCAGAGCUGCAGGGGCUGCCAGUGGUUGCUAGCGCGACCUUCUUAUACGGCGAGUGUAAGCAGAUUGUUUGUGAGGGGGUAGUGCCGGGGGCCCCCCAGGAGAGAGAGGGGGGGGGCCCCCCCAUGGAGAGAGAGAGGGGGGCCCCCAAGGAGAGAGAGGGGGGGGCCCCCAGUGAAGAGGAGAAAGAAGAAGAAGAAAUGGGUACUUUGCUCAGCAGGAGUCUUGCUGCAGCAGAAAAAGAAAUCGUGCCGUUUUUAGCUGCUGCAGCGAAAGCAGCAAAAGCAGCAGCUGCAGCAGCAACAGAAGCAAAUGCAACAGCAGCAGCAGCAGCAGCAGCAGCAGCAGAAGAUGAAGAAGAAGAUACUGUAGGCAAUGACGACUUGGGGUUAGAAGAUGAUUGA